GCAGCGUCCAGAGCCUCCCCCUCCCACCCAGGCGGGACCUGGGGGCUCCGGCCGGAUCCAUGGGGGCGGCAAGCUGCGAGGAUGAGGAGCUGGAAUUUAAGCUGGUGUUCGGGGAGGAAAAGGAGGCCCCCCCGCUGGGCCCUGGGGGCCCUGGGGAAGAGCUGGACUCGGAGGAUGCCCCUCCGUGCUGUCGUUUGGCCCUGGGGGAACCCCUUCCUUAUGGUGCUGCCCCUAUUGGUAUUCCUCGACCCCCACCCCCUCGGCCAGGGAUGCACUCACCACCACCCCGUCCCGCCCCUUCACCUGGCACCUGGGAGAGCCAGCCACCUCGGUCGGUGAGGCUGGGGGGCCCAGGAGGCACUGCGGGGGGUACUGGGGGCGGUCGUGUUCUCGAGUGUCCCAGCAUCCGGAUCACCUCUAUCUCUCCCACGCCUGACCCACCGACCUCACUAGAGGAUGCUCCUGAAACUUGGGGGGACGGCUCUCCUAGAGAUUACCCUCCACCAGAAGGCUUUGGGGGCUACCGAGAGGCUGGAGGUCAGGGCGGAGGAGCCUUCUUCAGCCCGAGCCCUGGCAGCAGCAGCCUGUCUUCGUGGAGCUUCUUCUCUGAUGCCUCAGACGAGGCAGCCCUGUAUGCAGCAUGCGACGAAGUGGAGUCUGAACUUAAUGAAGCAGCCUCCCGUUUUGGCUUGAGCUCUCCACUGCCCUCGCCCCGGGCUUCUCCUAGGCCAUGGACCCCGGAGGAUCCGUGGAGCCUAUAUGGUCCAAGCUCCGGAGGCCGAGCGCCAGAGGAUAGCUGGCUACUUCUCAGCGCUCCUGGGCCCAUCCCAGCCUCCCCUCGGCCUGCUUCUCCCUGCGGCAAGCGGCGCUAUUCCAGUUCCGGAACCCCAUCUUCGGCCUCCCCAGCUUUGUCCCGCCGGGGUAGCCUUGGGGAAGAGGGUCCAGAGCCACCUCCACCACCCCCAUUGCCUCUGGUCCGGGACCCUAGUUCCUCUGGCCCUUUUGACUAUGUGGGUGCUCCACCAACCGAGAGCGUCCCUCAGAAAACCAGGAGGACUUCUAGCGAGCAAGCAGUGGCCUUGCCUCGGUCUGAGGAGCCUGCCUCGUGCAAUGGGAAGCUGCCCUCUGGUACAGAGGACUCCGUGGCUGCUCCCGGGGCUCUGCGGAAAGAGGUGGCUGGCAUGGAUUACCUAGCAGUUCCUUCUCCCCUCGCUUGGUCCAAGGCCCGGAUUGGGGGACACAGCCCCAUCUUCAGGACCUCUGCCCUACCUCCCCUGGACUGGCCUUUACCCAGCCAGUACGAGCAGUUGGAGCUGAGGAUUGAGGUACAGCCCAGAGCUCACCAUCGAGCUCAUUAUGAGACUGAGGGCAGCCGGGGAGCUGUCAAAGCUGCUCCUGGAGGUCACCCUGUGGUCAAGCUCCUAGGCUACAAUGAGAAGCCAUUGACUCUACAGAUGUUCAUUGGCACUGCAGACGAGAGGAGCCUGCGGCCCCAUGCCUUCUACCAGGUGCACCGGAUCACUGGCAAGAUGGUGGCUACAGCCAGCUAUGAAGCUGUAGUCAGUGGUACUAAAGUGUUGGAGAUGACUUUGCUCCCAGAGAACAACAUGGCUGCCAACAUUGACUGUGCUGGAAUCCUGAAGCUUCGGAAUUCAGACAUUGAGCUACGGAAGGGCGAGACAGACAUCGGGCGCAAAAACACACGUGUGCGGCUGGUGUUCCGUGUGCACGUGCCUCAGGGUGGCGGGAAGGUCGUCUCUGUGCAGGCAGCAUCGGUGCCCAUCGAGUGCUCCCAGCGCUCAGCCCAGGAGCUGCCCCAAGUGGAGGCCUACAGCCCCAGUGCCUGCUCCGUGAGAGGAGGGGAGGAGCUAGUGUUGACUGGAUCCAACUUCCUGCCAGACUCUAAAGUGGUGUUCAUUGAGAGGGGCCCUGAUGGAAAACUGCAGUGGGAGGAGGAGGCCGCAGUGAACCGGCUGCAGAGCAGUGAGGUGACACUGACUCUGACCAUCCCUGAGUACAGCAACAAGCGGGUGUCCCGGCCAGUCCAGGUCUACUUUUAUGUCUCCAAUGGGCGGAGGAAGCGCAGUCCCACCCAAAGUUUCAAGUUCCUGCCUGUGAUCUUCAAGGAGGAGCCCCUACCAGACUCAUCUCUCCGGGGCUUCCCUUCCACAUCGGGUCCCCCCUUUGGCCCCGACAUGGACUUCUCACCGCCCAGGCCCCCUUACCCCUCCUAUCCCCAUGAAGACCCUGCUUAUGAGACUCCUUAUCUGUCAGAAGGCUUUGGUUAUAGCACACCUGCUCUGUACCCCCAGACGGGGCCCCCACCGUCUUAUAGAUCUGGCCUACGGAUGUUCCCUGAGACUGGGGGUACCACAGGUUGUGCCCGCCUACCUUCAGUCUCCUUUCUUCCGCGCCCCUUUCCUGGUGAUCAGUAUGGAGGACAGGGCUCCUCUUUUGCCCUGGGGCUUCCAUUCUCCCCUCCAGCCCCCUUUAGGCCUCCACUACCUUCCUCCCCACCACUCGAAGACCCCUUCAACCCCCAGAGUGCUGUCCACCCCUUACCUGCUGAGGGCUACAAUGAGGUGGGGCCAGGCUAUACCCCUGGGGAGGGGGCUUCGGAGCAGGAGAAAUCCAGGGGUGGCUACGGCAGCGGCUUCAGAGACAAUGUGCCUAUCCAGGGUAUCACCCUGGAGGAAGUGAGUGAGAUCAUUGGCCGAGACCUGAGUGGCUUCCCUGCACGUCCUGGAGAAGAGCCUCCUGCCUGAACCACAUGUAGUGGCCCCAGAAGUCCCGCCUCCUUGCCCUCUUAACUGGGGUGCUGGCUCCAGAAGCUUGGGGCCAACUCUAGUUUCUCUUUGCCCAGCUUCUACCUUCCUGUAUCCCCUUUCUCUCCCGGUUAAGGUGUGGCCCCCAGGCCUGGUGCUGCCUUGAAAGGGACUGAGGGUGUGGAGGACAGGGCGAGGGUGGAGCCUGAGGCUGGGUGCCAGAACUGACUGGGACGAAGAUGCUGUCCAGGCUGUUCAGGCUAUGAUGCUGGCAGGCUGGACAGGUUGAUGGGUAAUAAACUGCUUGCUGCCCGGUG